AUGGAGGAGCGUCUAGAAGCUGGGAAGGAGAGCAAGGCCUCCUCCAUGUCAGUGGGCCUGCAGGGAGACAGCUCCUUGCAGGUGGAGAUCUCUGAUGCCGUCAGUGUGGAGCGGGACAAGGUGAAGUUCACUGUUCAGACCAAGGUGACCUUCUGGAGCUGCCUGCCUCACUUUUCCCAGACCGAGUUCUUCGUCAUGCAACAGCAUGAGGAGUUCAUCUGGCUGCACGAUGCCUAUGAGGGAGGGGUACGCCAGUCUCCCUGUGAGGGGGAGCCAGCCUGGGAGAACAGGGGUAUAAGUGGGUCCUGUCUGGAUCCCAUAGAAGUGGAUGACUUCUUUGAGCAUGAGAGGACCUUGCUGCUGGAGUACCACGCCUGCAUCUGGGACGCCUGUCUGUGGGCAGACCAAGUCAUGCACUCAUGCCUGGCAGAUGAUUACAUGCCUAUCUCAGCUGCACUGAGCAGUCUGGGAUCACAGGAAGUCAACCAGCUAAAGAGUAGCUUCUUCAAAUUGGCAGAGCUCUUCGAACAGUUAAGGGAGCUGGAGGGCCAAGUGGCCUCUAACAAGGACCUGAAGCUGUUAGACAUGCGAGACUCCCAGGCAGCCAAGGUGAGAGGACUACUGUCCUGGCAGCUGCUGGCACUGGCAGACUACAAGAAUGCCAACAAGGUGCUGGACAAGGCCCGCACCAGCAACCAGGUGUGGGCUAUGGAGAGCCACUAACAGCUGUGCUGCUAGUGCUUCGAACGCCUCUUGGACUCAGCCAGGCAAAAGCUCAUGGACUUCAAAUCCAUGUCUUCCUUCUGCAAGAACCUCAAACACAAGGCCAGCACCCUGCUUCUCCGGAGCACCCCUGUCAUCCUCAAGGGGGAGCCUUAG